AUGUCGUCCUCAUCUCGGCCAACCUCGCCCGACAAUCAUGGGUCAACAUCAACACCACAUGCCAAUGGCACCACUACCAAUGGCGACGCUCACGCUGCUCCCUCCGCUUCCACCUCUUCAGCACCCGUCGAGCCAUCACAGGAGGACAAGCAGCAGGCACAGCAGGACAAGACUCAGGGAAACCAGCACUUCUCCGCAAAGGAAUACUCCAAAGCCAUCGAUGCCUUUACUCGUGCUUACGAGCUCGAUCCCACCGACUCCACCUUCCUCACCAACCGUGCUGCUGCCAAGAUGAGCCUCAAGAUGUACAAGUCUGCUCUCUCUGACUGCCAGCUCGCAAAGGAUAUCCAAGCAAAACAGUCCCCCGACGGCGUUGCUCAGCCAAAGACGCUCAUCCGCCUCGCCAGGUGUCACCUUUACCUCGGCAACCCUUCCGGUGCGCUCUCGGUGCUCAACCCCGUCGUCACCAUGUCCGGUGUCGACGAUGCCUCUCUCAAGCAGGCUAAGCAACUCCAGAAGCAAGCGAACAGCGUCGCAGACCACCUUUCUUCCUUCCAGAGCCUCUCAUCCCAAGGAGAUUGGUCCGUAGCAGGUUUCGCGUUGGAUCAGGCUCAGUCCCAUGCCGGCAUCUCGGAAUCCGACGUCCCCCUCACAUGGCGUAUCAUGCGCGCCACCGUACACCUCCACAAGAACAACCUCGACCAAGCCAACAGCGUCAUCGCAGACGCACUCCGCGCCGAUCAAAGCAACCCGGAAGCUCUCCUCGUCCGCGCUCGCAUCUUGCUCGCCAAGGGAGACAUCGCCAAAGCGGUGGCGCACUGUCAAGCUGCGCUCCGAUCCGACCCCGAACAGUCUGGUGCCAGAGAUCUGCUCAAGAAGUGUCGUCGACUCGAAGCCAAAAAGGAAGAGGGAAACACCAACUUCAAGCAGGGCGACCACGCUGCUGCUGUCAAGAGCUUUUCCGAAGCCUUGGAGAUCGCCGACGAGAAAUCCGAUCGAGAUGGACCGGCGCAAGGUUUCAAAGCUAUUCUCUACUCCAACCGCGCCACUGCCAACUCCAAGGACGGCGACCACCAAGCUGCCAUCGCCGACUGCGAUGCUGCUCUCCAGCUCGAUCCGGGAUACGUGAAAGCGCUUCGAACCCGCGCCAGAGCACUCCUCGCCGUCGAAAAGUACGAAGACGCGGUCCGCGACUUCAAAAAGGCUCUCGAAGAAGCUUCGGUUUCCGGCGGUCGCGAAGCCGAACAGUUGCAGCGCGAACUGCGUUCUGCAGAGAUCGAUCUCAAGAGGAGCAAGAAGAAGGACUACUACAAGAUCCUCAGCGUCAGCAAGGACGCCUCGGACAGCGAGAUCAAGAAGGCCUACAGGAAGGAGUCGCUGAAGCACCAUCCCGACAAGGGAGGUGAUGAGGAGAAGUUCAAGCUUUGCAGCGAGGCGUACAAUGUGCUGAGUGACGAGAACAAGAGGAGGCGGUACGAUGCGGGCGCGGAUGAUCUCGAGAGCGAUGGGAUGGGUAUGGGUGGCGGGUUCCCGGGUGGAAUGGGCGGGUUUGGUGGUCCCGGCGGUGUCGAGAUCAAUCUGGCCGAUCUGUUUGGUGCUGGUGGUGGAAUGGGCGGUGGCUUCCCCAUGGGAGGUGGCAUGGGUGGCAUGGGUGGCAUGGGAGGUGGAUUCCCCGGUGGACAGAGGAGAGGUGCACGACCGCCACCUGGCUUCCACUUUGGUUGA